GAUUAUCUUGUGUUGGUUUAUUUUUAUUUUUAUUUUUGUGCCCACAUAGUUGUUGUGCUCUUCGUGUCUAGGAAACUUCGAUACGAACAAGGAACCGCCUCGAACAUGUCAAUUAUGAAAACUACAUAAGUUGUCCGUGGCUGGUGUUGCACUCUUUCAGAGCUUCAUUGAAAAUAUCUUCGGAGAAGAAUUAGAAGAAGAAGCAGCAGCAGCAGCAUUAGAGAUAGAUGGGUCAUGUUCCUAUUCAGGUCCCUGAUGAGUUGUACCUUAACAUUAACGACGACCUGACCAUUGACUCUCUGAGUUGUCUCAAGCUUACUUCUUCGCCAUCCUCGUCCUCGACUCGCGACCUUUCCACGAGCUCGCUCGAUCAUGAGGAUAUGCUCGCGGGUUGUGACCAGGAAGAGGAAGAAGAGGCGAGAGGCCAGCAGAGGCUCAAGAGGACUUACAGUUCCGUCGAAUCGAUUGGGAGCAACAGCCCCAGAGCUUAUACCGGCGGUUUCGGCGGCGGCGGAAGCGCAAUCCGCCGGUGCAGCAGCACGACCAGCCUCAACACCCCCCGGAGGCUCCACUUUCGCGACCACAUAUGGACAUACACGCAGCGCUACCUCGCGGCAGAGGCUGUCGAGGAGGCGGCGGCGGUCUCCGCCAUCCGUGGCGGAGAGGAGGACGGGUCGGCCGACGGGAUGAGGCUCGUCCAGCUCCUCAUCGCGUGCGCUGAGGCCGUGGCUUGCCGCGACAAGUUGUACGCGUCAUCGCUGCUGUCGGAGCUCAGGUCUCGGGCCCUGGUGUUCGGUACCUCGUUCCAGCGAGUGGCCUCGUGCUUCGUCCAGGGCCUUGCUGACCGAUUGUCCCUGCUCCAGCCGCUCGGGACGUCGGGCUUCGUCUGGCCGGCGGCAGCAGCAGCAGCGGCUGGGGCCACAGCCUUCGACGAGAAGGAGGAGGCCUUGCGGCUGGCCUACGAGAUCUGCCCGUACAUCCAGUUCGGCCACUUUGUGGCCAACACUUUCAUAUUGGAAGCCUUUGAGGGAGAGAGUUUCGUCCAUGUGGUGGACCUGGGGAUGUCCCUGGGCCUGCCACGUGGGCACCAGUGGCGGAGGCUGAUCCAGAGCCUCGCGGGCCGGCAUGGCCAGCCGCCGCGUCGCCUCCGCAUCACUGCCAUCGGCCUAAGCGCCAAGAAGUUUCGCUCCAUCGGGGACGAGCUUGAGGCUUACGCGCUCAACUUGGGGAUCAAUCUGGAGUUCUCUGUGGUGGAGACCAAUCUGGAGAAUCUGCAGGCAGAAGAUAUCAAAAUCUGUGAAGGCGAAGUGCUUGCUGUGAACAGCAUUCUCCAGCUGCAUUGUGUUGUCAAAGAGAGCAGAGGGGCUCUGAACUCUGUGCUUCAAAUGAUUCAUGAAUUGUCACCGAAAGUUCUGGUCUUGGUAGAGCAAGAUUCGAGCCACAAUGGGCCUUUCUUUCUUGGGAGGUUCAUGGAGGCUCUGCAUUACUACUCUGCAAUUUUCGACUCUCUGGACGCGAUGUUGCCCAGGUACGACACCCGGAGGGCCAAGGUGGAGCAGUUCUACUUCGCGGAGGAGAUCAAGAACAUAGUGAGCUGCGAGGGACCAGCGAGGGUGGAGCGACAUGAGAGGGUGGACCAGUGGCGGCGGAGGAUGAGCAGGGCCGGGUUCCAGUCGGCGCCAAUCAAGAUGAUGGCUCAGGCCAAGCAGUGGCUCGGCAAGAACAAGGUCUGCGAGGGCUACACUGUUGUUGAAGAGAAAGGGUGUCUUGUUCUGGGGUGGAACUCCAAGCCCAUUGUCGCUGCUUCUUGCUGGAAAUGCUAAGAACAGAGCCCCAGCUUGAACCACGUUGUGCUAACGAGUGGCAUCUUCUAGUGAAGUUCAAGGAACAGUUACAAAGUGAAUGGGUUUUGCUUUCUGAUGGACUUAUAAAUAUGGC